CUCGGGGACGCGGCCGGCCGCUCCCAGCUUCGCAGGCGCGGGCGGGGGGUGCGGGGCGGCGGCGCGGCCCCCCGGCCCGGACAGCAGCACCCCGCGCGCCCGCCCCGCCGCCGUCUAGUCCCGCGCGCGCCCCACCAUGGACCCCGGGCCGCCGCCGCCGCCGCCCCAGCCCGCGCCCCCGGGCCCGGGCCAGCCGCCCGCGCAGCCCCCGCCCGCGUCCGGCCCGUCCGCGCCCCCCGGCCCGCCCGCGCCCUCCGGCCCGCAGGCCGCGCCGCAGGCCCCCCCGGCCGGCCACCAGAUCGUUCACGUCCGGGGGGACUCGGAGACCGACCUGGAGGCGCUCUUCAACGCCGUCAUGAACCCCAAGACGGCCAACGUGCCGCAGACCGUGCCCAUGCGGCUCCGCAAGCUGCCCGACUCCUUCUUCAAGCCGCCCGAGCCCAAGGCCCACUCGCGGCAGGCCAGCACUGAUGCGGGCACCGCAGGAGCGCUGACUCCGCAGCACGUUCGCGCCCACUCCUCUCCUGCUUCCCUGCAGCUGGGCGCGGUGUCUCCUGGGACCCUCACCCCCUCGGGUGUAGUCUCUGGGCCUGCAGCUGCACCUGGUGCCCAGCACCUCCGGCAGUCCUCUUUUGAGAUACCUGAUGAUGUACCCCUGCCCACUGGCUGGGAGAUGGCCAAGACACCGUCUGGACAGAGAUACUUCUUAAAUCACAUCGAUCAGACAACCACAUGGCAGGACCCCAGGAAGGCUAUGCUGUCACAGAUGAACGUCACGGCCCCCACCAGCCCCCCGGUGCAGCAGAGUGCUAUGCACUCGGUCUCAGGUCCUCUUCCUGAUGGGUGGGAGCAAGCAGUGACUCAGGACGGAGAGAUCUACUACAUAAACCAUAAGAACAAGACCACCUCUUGGCUAGACCCAAGGCUUGAUCCUCGUUUUGGUAAAGCCAUGAACCAGAGGAUGGGUCAGAGUGCGCCUGUGAAGCAGCCCCCUCCGCUGGCCCCCCAGAGCCCACAGGGGGGCGUCUUGGGGGGUGGCAGCUCCAACCAGCAGCAGCAGAUGCGGCUGCAGCAACUGCAGAUGGAGAAGGAGCGGCUGCGGCUGAAGCAGCAAGAGUUGCUCCGGCAGGUGAGGCCGCAGGCAAUGCGGAAUAUCAAUCUCAGCACAGCAAAUUCUCCAAAAUGUCAGGAAUUAGCUCUCCGUAGCCAGUUACCAGCACUGGAGCAGGACGGAGGGACCCAGAAUCCGGGAUCAUCUCCAGGGAUGGCUCAAGAGUUGAGAACAAUGACGACCAAUAGCUCAGACCCCUUUUUGAACAGUGGCACCUACCACUCUCGAGACGAAAGUACAGACAGCGGGCUGAGCAUGAGCAGCUACAGCGUCCCACGCACCCCGGACGACUUCCUGGACAGUGUGGACGAGAUGGACACAGGUGACACUAUCAACCAAAGCACCCUGCCCUCACAGCAGAACCGCUUCCCAGACUACCUGGAAGGCAUUCCCGGGACAAACGUGGACCUUGGCACGCUGGAGGGAGAUGGCAUGAGCCUGGAAGGGGAGGAGCUGAUGCCCAGUCUGCAGGAGGCACUCAGCUCCGACAUCCUCAAUGACAUGGAGUCCGUGCUGGCCGCCACCAAGCUCGACAAGGAAAGCUUUCUCACCUGGUUGUAGGGCACCGGGCAGACUGUGUCCCAAGUCUGUGCAGGGUCAGAGGAAACAUGACCCGAAUGCCUGAAGUUCCCCGAUAGCCAGUCACACACACUAUUUGGGCUCAGUACAGAAGAAGAUGAACAAACGUCCAGCAAGAUUCUUUCAUCCACUACUUUGCUCUUCCUUGUCCAUUGCUGCUGUUAAUAUAUUGCUGACCUCUUUCAUAGUUGGCUCGAAAGAAUCAAAAAAAAAAAUCACUUUAUUAUUAUUAUUUUUUUUUUUUGGUUUCUUUUGCUAUUUUAACUACUGUUGGUUUGGAGGGGCGAGGGGAAGUGAGCCUGUGUGGCGAUGGUGCCGUUCCUUUCGCCCCGUCCAGGUGGUCGCAUAUCACUUUAGCCACAGACUCAGACCCAGAAGCCACGUGCUUCCCGUGGCAGCAUUGAGUUUGUUCAGUUUUCUCUUCAUCUGCCUUCAGCCAGUGGAAAACGCAGCUUACUGGUCUGACCAGCCAAAUACGGUGUAUCUGAUAUUAAGUCCUUGAUUCUGACUCUAAGCAGUAGCUGAAACUGAGGCUGAGGACUGUUUCACUCCCAUGUGUCCCCACCUCGUGCUGUCAUAAGUCACACGUUGACUAUGAUUUUAUUUUAGGAGCUUAUAAGGCAUGAGACAGUUUCCAUAGAAAUAGAGUAAUUAUUGCCACAUACUCUCAUAUAGGUUUUGGGGUUUUCUGUGGGUUUGUUUCCAUUUGAUUUGGUUGGACUUGUUUUGAUUUUUGUUUCUCGGAGCCUAGGCAAAUAAUCAUAGUAAGUGACUCUGUUCAUAGUUGUAGCUUGGAACAUUAUUUUAGAUCCUUUGGUUAAAAAUCUACAUCCUGAUUUUUUUUUUAAACCAUCUUAUUUAAAUCUUGAUUAUCUGCUCUCCAUAUAUACCCACACACACUUAUAUUGUUUAUGCUAGUGUGAUAGCAGAAUGUAUCUUUUUUUUUUUUUAGUUUUCCCUACUUUCCAUUUAUUUUAAAAUGGUAGCUUUGAAUGUAUGCAUUUAGAAUACAUGAUUAGUAGUUUAUAUCUCACAAGUAGUUUAAAUCUGGUUGUGGCAAUCUGCAAUGUUUGAGGUAGCUUAAUGUGAAAAGGACAUGUUAUAAUGAUUUGUGCCCAGAGCAGUACUAUAUGCCCUCUGGACACACAGUAGUAUCUGAUUGGAAAGAAGCAAACAAGAAAUGGUUUUGUUUUCCUCCUUGUUGCUCCCUUGAUCUAAUGUCUUGAUGAGAAAUCACUGAGUAGGUUUGUAAUGUUUUUUUGCAGAAGUAAGCUUUAUGUAGUGGUUUUACCUCUCUUUAGCUUUAGCUUUUGAAGCUUACCUUUGCCUUAGUUUUGGAAGUAAAUUCUAGUUCUUGAGUUCUCAUUUAUAACAAUGACAUUAAAGACUAGUCUGAGAUAUUGCCUUUAAGAUUGUUCUUACUUGCUCCUACUUCUCUAUGCUGAGAAUUGACCCUGGGCAAUAUAUAGAAUACUCUAAGGUCUGAGUUAGCUGGUUAAGUGAUCAGAUUAAUAAAUGUAUAUUGAUAGUUGAAUUUAGCAAAGAAAUAGAGAUAAUCAUGAUUAUACGUUUAUUUUUACAGGAAGAGAUAUAACUAGAGUAUGUUUCUACAGGAAUAAUAAUGGUUUCCAAAGAGUAUUUUUUAAAGGAACAAAAUGAGCAUGAAUCAACUCUUCAGUAUAAGCUAUGAAGUAAUGUUUGGUUAUGAAUUACAGUGGCACCAGCUAGCCACCUCUAUGAUUAAGGGUCUUUCAUUGUUUCUAGAAUAAGCCCUUAUUUUCAAGGGUUUGUAACAGACAUACCUUUUCCUGGCUAAAACUUCUGUGAAAAGCCUCUGCUUAGGAAGAUGGUAGUGUUUCUUUGUUCGUUUUUUAAUGCAGAAUUGAAGUAUUUGACCCUUCAACUUAGAGAAGUGCAAAAGUUGAAAAUGAGACAUUUUUAUUAAGUGUUUUCAGUACUCAAGACAAUGCUAUCACUGUGUAUGUGUAAUGAUUUCAUAGGUUGAUCAUGAUAACUGACUUUAAGGUUUUUAUUUUUUACGAACAGUAGAAAGAUUAAAUCUUGAAUUAAGUCUUGGGGGGAGAGGCCACUAUUCAAAUGCAUUGGUUUGUUUCAUUUUUUUCCUGGCAAUAAUGAAAUUCUAUGUGGAAUGCACAAUUGAGUAUGUGAAUGACACAGCAUGUUGGGUUUUGACGAGCAGAUCCAAGCUACUUGGAAGGAGUGCCUGCAGCUUGCCAGUGAGCCACGAACCAUGAUGACUCACGUCUGUCUCAUACAAGUGACUCUAGGUAGUGGAAGGGGCAGGGAAGGAGUGGAAAGACUUACUGUGGGACCCUGGUAGAGAACUCUAGAAGCUUUCCCCCCAUUCAGACAUGGUUGCAUCUUGCUAUCAUUAAAGACCAUUGCUAAAAUUUCAAUCACUUCAAGACCCCCCACGAGACAGGAAGAUGGAAUUCUUCAUCUCCUCCUGACUUGGAUUUUCCCAAUUCCGCCUCAGUGUCUCAGCCAGACUGUGGGCGGACACGUACAUGGCCCUCGAGGUGUCCCCUGUGUGAAGAAGACCUGGGGCCGCCUCCCCUCUCGGUGGGAAUCGAAGCCUCCAUACAUUCUUCCUUGUUUGAUGUUCGGGUUCCUAAUGUCCAAGUGUUUUAACUGCUUCUGGUUGGAUUGGGUAGCAUUGGAAUAAGGUUUUAACUGGGUAUUCUUGAAUUGCUUUUACAUAAAUAAACCAAUUUUAUAACCUUUAAUUUGAUCAGCUUUUUACACUUGUGUUCUUUCCGGUUAGGGCCUCUUAGCUUUGCUUGAGGUGGAUGACGGAGCACAGGGAUCUGGGUUUCAGAUUCUCCAAAGCACUAUUGUCAUGACUGUUUUCUAAAUACAGUGCCUUUUAAAAAAAGAACGGAAGGACUUUGAGGCAAUUAAUAUUGCUGGUGAAAGUAUUCCUACUAAGUAGAUGCAUUCUAUCCAGAAUCCUGGCAGAAAGACCGAAAGAUAAGUUAUCAGUUGUUCAAUUCAUGAUUCAUACCGAACAGUGUUGAAACCCAGUGCAGGAGCGGAGAUAGUGCCCCUGAUGAGCGUUUUGUAGCUUAGCCCCACCGAGAAGGGAGUGGCCAGAGGAGAUGGGUCUUCCACAAGCUUGUUUGGAGAGGUAUUGUGGGGGUGCCUAUCUUAACCAUUGUUUUCUGUAUCCUAAAAAAGUAUUUUCCACAUUUUAAAUGUUUUAUAUUAGAUUCUUUAAUGCGCCCUUGUCAGAUAUAUAUACAGUAUCAAUGUUGCCUUUUUAUUUUUUGUGUUAGCUUUAAGAGCAUGCUGGUGUUAGGUACUGACAUACAUUGUUACAUUACUUUUUUCUUGUGUAAUACCUUUUUGUUUGUUUAUGUGGUUCAAAUAUAUUCUUUCUUUAAACUUUC